AUGAAGUUUUCCACUGUUGCUGCUAUCAGUUUAGCUACUGCAGCUUCUUUUGUUGCUGCAAAGAAGGAAAGUGAUUAUACUACAACCAAGACCAUCUCUACAGAUGGUACUGUUUACACUACCACUUCUACUCAUUCUACCCAUAAGUACGGUAAGUUCAACAAGACUAAGAAGUCUCAGGCUUCUACCUCCUCUGGUACUCAUAAGUAUGGUAGAUUCGAUAAGACUAAGAAAUCACAGGCUUCUACCUCUUCUGGUACUCACAGGUACGGUAGAUUCAAUAAGACUAAGAAGUCCAGUGUCUCCACUUCAUCUGGUACUCACAAGUACGGUAGAUUCGACAAGACUAAGAAGUCCAGUGUUUCUACUUCAUCUGGUACUCACAAGUACGGUAGAUUCGACAAGACUAAGAAAUCUGAGGCUUCCACUUCUUCCGGUACCCACAGAUACGGUAGAUUCAACAAGACUAAGAAGAACUCUGCUACAGGAACUGAAAACAAGGCUGCUUCCAACAGUGCACCAAAGGCUAACUCUAUGAAAUUAUUAGGUUUGACUGGUGCUUCCGCCAUCUUAGCUGGUGGUUUACUAUUAUUAUAA